CGCGUGCGCAGCUCGCGCAACUUGUUCUGCUUCCCGAUUCUUCGUGAUUGUUGGUGCGUGUGCCAACUCGGACGUUUUUACAGGAUUUCGUGGUCUCGGAAGCAGAGUAUUAUCCAUAGCGAGUGUAUCUUUGCUUGAGAGCAUUAAGGAGCCCUUUCUCAUGCGCAGGUGGGGAGCCUGCAAUGGCGCUCGUGAGCUCGCGUUGUGGCGCAGGGGGACAUAGUCUGUGUAGUCGUCAAGCGUUGGAGACGAACAAGGUUAAUGGACGCUCCGGGAGCACUGUAAUUGUGGGUGGGGCUCUGUGGAGCUCGAUUGGCAAGUCGUGUACUGGAGCGGCUUGCUUUGUGCCUUCGGCUGUGUGUGUGAGGCGUGGGAGAUUUGUGUGUCAUGGCAAUGCGUGGGUGCUGAGGCGAGAUCAGAAGGGUGGCCCCCGUGGGGUUUGUCUUCAUGGUGACAAGCAUACUAGGGCUAGAAAUGUCGAGAUUGCUGCUUUGAACAGGAAGGAUUUAGACGCGUGUGGAAGUGGUGUAGCGGAAGGAUUGUUCGAUAAAUUCCUGGAGUAUGCUGUAAGGGCAGUAGAGCAACGAGCAGACAUCUCUCCGCUUCCCUGCCAGGGUGAGUUUCAGAAUAUGGUGGCUGCUGAUGGACAGUCUGUGGUCAAGAAUGUUGCUUUUGAAUCCACGAAAUUUCGUCUUUUUCGAUGCGCAACUAUAAAUGGUGGAGAUAACAUGCAGGUGUUGAAUGUGGCUAUCUGUGCACGGCCUGAAUACGACCUUCCAAUAUUUUGCGCCGAUUUUUUCUCAACUGCAAGGAUGAACAUCGUGGUUCUAGAUUUGAACCCUUUAUAUAACACUGAGCAGAGGCCUGAAUAUAAGGAGAAGUAUUAUUCUCGCAUAUUACCGCUGGGCAAUAAGUAUGCAGAGUUGCUACCAUGGGGUGACAAACUCACUGCAGAAUCGAUACAAUUCUUUUCACCUAUUGUUUUAUGGACCAGACCUGCAAGCCGUGAAGAGAUUCAAGAGACAGUGUUCCGUGCUUUCAAAGACUAUCUUGAUGCUUGGUUGGACAUGGCGGACAAAGCAAAUCCGUCUAACGAUGCCUAUGAGAUUGCAGAAAACCAAGAGUCUCAUCAUCGGUAUUUGAUGUGGCGUGCUACGAAGGAUCCAGGAAGGUACCUACUGAUGCGCCUCUUUGGGGAGCCUCUGUGCGAGAGGUAUAUAACCGAGUUCUUGUUCAACGGGGUGAAUACGCUUGGGACAAAAACAUUUUUGGACUAUUUUCCAGAAUAUAGAGGGGUCGAUGGUAGCAUCAUCAAGCAGCGUAGCGUGGUUGGAAAGGCCUACGCAGAGCGUCCUUGGAAUAAGGACGGGACCUUCGCUCCUAUGCUUCAUGAAGUGUAAAGUAAGAAUCUUGGACGUUAUAGUUUUGAUCAAUUCUCCUUAAGCUACGUCGUGAAGCACACUAUUAGUUGUACAUAUGAGCUUUUUAAGAUCAGUGGUUUUAAGAUCAGUAUUGUGCAGUAUUGAUUAAUAGUAGUAGAAGUUGUAGUAGAAUAUUUUGCUGUGCUUCUAGUGCAACUAGGGGAUGGGUGUGCCUCCCCAGAUUUUUUGUUAUGAAAGUUUCAGUUUCGGUUAACCCUUUACUAGCAGUUGUGCAUUUGCGAAGACGAUAUGUGUCUGGGUAUUCACUACUGCACCGUAUGAAGAUAUUAUUAUUGGCCUUCA